AUGCUCAAUCUCCAGAAACGAAUAAAUGGUGUUGAUGAAGACAAAGCCUACUUGGGUACACGCAUUUCAAUUAGAGACAAGCUGCUAGCGCAAGAAAUACAAGAACUGGAAUCGAGUCUGAAGAAAAUGACAACUUGUAAACUUCAUUUUCCAUCAACAUCAGCUCUUCAUCAGAUGGAAUUAACGGUGACGCCAUCUGAAGGAAUUUAUAAGGGAGGAUCAUUCAAGUUCUCUAUAAACGUUCCACCAGAAUACAACAACGUUCCCCCGGUAGUGAAGUGCUUAACACGUGUGUGGCAUCCGAAUAUCACAGAGGAUGGUGCCAUUUGUCUUUCAUUGCUACGUCAAAACAGUCUUGACGGUUAUGGUCCGAACAGUUUAUUCACGGAUCUGAUUGAUUUCGACGACGCAUUGAACGCGCAAGCUGCACAGCAGUGGUCUACGAAUAGGGAUGCAUUUGUGUCAAAAGUACGUGAAUACAUCAUCAGAUUCUGUCGGUAG